AGGAAGGGUUGAUGACGUCUGUGGCAUACUUAAUGUGACUUAUUGAAAAAAAAGGCAAGACUCCCUAUUCAUGGAUAAAAAUCCGAGGUAAUCGGAGCACGGCAGAAAAAAAAAAAGUUUUGCAAAAGGAUAUGUAGACAAACGAGCGCUGCUGAUUUCACCGAGGUUUUUGUUUGCGAAAGUGAUUUUGUUUAUAUUGGUUAUUGUAUAAAAGUGCAGGGGUUGAACCGACGAGCGCAUAAGCAAAGGACGGUGGCGCUUCAGGGAAGAGGUGCUGUGAGGAAGAUCUCUAUCUCUCUCACACAAUCACAGCCGCACCCGAGUCGCAUCCAACAGCGCUUCUAUCUACCUACUCCGCAAUAGCAUGGCCAGAUCUAGUAAAGCGACUUUAGCUUUGCUCAUCUACGGAAUCAUGAUGCACUACAGCGCCUACUGCACGCCUAUUGGGAUGACUUUUCCCAAGAUGAGACUAGACAACGACGUAUUUGACGAAGAUGGAAACUCGUUAAGCGACCUGACUUUUGGCACCGAUCAGAUUGCUAUACGAAGCCCUCCCUCUCUCACGGACGACCUAUACACGCUAUACUACCCGCCAGAGAAAAGAACGGAAAGGCAUGCAGAUGGAUUAUUAGAUAGAGCCUUGAGGGACAUCCUGGUUCAGUUAUCAGCACGAAAAUAUCUGCAUUCUCUGAUGGCAGUUCGCGUAGGCGGAGGAAGCAGCGAGGAGGACGAAUCGGAAACCUUAUCAAAAAGGCAUUCGGAUGGGAUCUUCACCGACAUUUACAGUCGCUACCGAAAACAGAUGGCCGUCAAGAAGUAUUUAGCAGCCGUCCUGGGAAGAAGGUACAGACAGAGAAUUAAAAACAAAGGACGUCGAUUUGCUUAUUUGUAGCGCUGACAAAACUGCCCCCAACUGCCCCUUCAUGUGUACAUUCAGUCCUAAGAUCAAAGUCAUUCUGAUAUAACUGAUUAAUCAGUGGAUCGCGCCUGUGUUCUUUAAACAUGUAUUUAUGUAUGAAGUAAAGCCAUUAAAAUGAAUAUUUUACUAAUAACAUUGUUUUUCUUUUUGUACAAAAGCACUUGAAACCGCACAGUUAUACUUUGUGGACCAACCGUUCAGUUUCAUGUAUAUAGCUAUAUAUGUUAAAAACAAAUGAGAACAAAAACCAUCAGGAGGAGAGAAAAAAAAAAAAAAAAAAAAAAAAAAAAAAAAAGAAAAAAAUGUGCACCUUGAACGUUAUGCGCCUGAUAUCUUUUCGAAUUCAUCAUCAUAUGCAGAAAAUAAAUAGAUUUUAAAAAGACAA